AUGCAAGACCAAUCAAGAGAAACUCCCAAAACACAGUCCCAAGCUGCACAAUAUUUACUCAAUGAAGUAGUAAUAGCAUUGGAUCUCAGUGAGAAUGAUUACAAUGACUUACCACGAUUAGCACUCAUGAGCAAACUUCGAACCUUAAAUAUAUCUCACAAUAGAUUGUCUACUAUGAAGCUAAGUACAGAGAACAGUUUUCCUGAUUUGGAAGAAAUCGAUGUGUCCUAUAACAAUAUAAAUGACAUAAUUGUGGGUGAUAAUGAAAAUGCUAUUUCAAAUUUAUUAAAACUAAAUAUAUCUCACAAUAGGUUAUCUGAAUUGAAAGACGCAAUUUUAAUCGAAGUUCGCAGUUUGGAAGUGUUAGAUUUAUCUCACAACGAAAUAUCAGCGCUGAGUUUUAACAGUUUUGAAGGAAUAAAAAAUCUACUCUAUUUGAAUAUAGCGUAUAAUAAACUUAAAGCAAUAAAUAAUUCUUUUUUAAGAUUUACGAAACUAAAAUUUCUGUACAUAAACAACAAUGAAUUACAGUGUAUUAAAGUCAAUGAAUUUUCGAAUUUAAACCAACUUCACGAAAUAGAUCUCAGCAAUAACGCAAUUACAGUUAUAGAGAAAGGAACCUUCGUUAACAUGUUUAAUAUAGUAAAAAUUAACUUAAAGAACAAUUUAAUACAGUAUUUGGAGCCACGUAUGUUUUUAAGUGCGAAUGCUUUAGACUACGUUGAUGUUUCAAUUAACGAAAUACAAGCCCUGCCAAAGUUUAUUUUUAAAGGUAAAAAUGUUACGUUUUUCGAUGUCAGCCGAAACCAAUUAGAAGGCGCACUUAUAAAGGGUAUAUUUGAAGGUUUAACUGGAAUAUUGGAAUUAGACUUGAGCCAUCAAAGUGUAACAUCCAUUGAAGAUUAUGCUUUCGUCGGGCUUAAUAUGGUAGAGAGUUUGCUUUUGAACGGUAAUGAAAUCCGAAAUAUAUCAAAUAAAUCAUUUUAUUCCUUAAGGAACCUAAAGCGCUUAGAUAUCUCAAACAAUAAAAUUGUUUCUUUGAACUUUGAUUUGGAUGAGCUAUUGAAGCUAGAAUUAUUUUCAAUAAAGAACAACUUCAUUAAAUUAAUACCAGAAGGUUAUUUCGACGGAUUGUACGUACUAUUAGUAUUGGAUUUAUCUAAUAAUAAUAUAUCGAAAGUGUCGUCCCAUUGUUUUAGCAGUUUGAAUGAGUUGGUUGAUUUCGAUAUAGGUAAAAAUCCGCUGACUGAGGCUUUGGAAGAUAACACGUUUUUAGGUUUGAAUUCCUUACCGGUUCUUGAUAUUUCGUGUACGGCUUUAACAACUAUUAAAAACGACUCCUUUAAUGAAAUGAUCACUCUCCAUACACUAAACAUAUCGCACAGUAAUCUUAAUAUAAUAAACUACAAUAGUUUUAAAAAUACAGGAUCUAUUACCAUUUUAGAUUUAUCUCAUAACCACCUCGAAAGUUUUAAUAUCAAUUCAUCUACCUUAGCUAAUCUGCAAAUGUUAUACCUUCAUAAUAACCGGAUAACAAUUACUGUACCAGAUAUUAUAAAUAAGUUAACAACACUUCAUACUAUUAAUUUAUCAUAUAAUGAAAUAAAAAUGUUAAAUAAUGGCACUUUUUACGACCUGAAAGAACUGGAAUACCUCGAUUUGUCGAAUAAUAGAGAUAUGCAAUUCAAUUCGUCCCUUUCAGUGUUGAAUAAACUAAAGGAGCUCUAUUUAUCUGGAAUAUGUAAAACACCGAAUUUCGAACAAUUUCUAAAUUCUGAAAUAACCGACUUAGAUAUAUCUCAAGCGAAUAUAAGUAACGUUACAUCUCUCAAAUUAAGCAAUUUGCGAGAACUUAAAAUACUGAUUUUGAAUAAUAACGUGAUCGAAAAGUUAGAAUUGGGGGCAUUGAAUAAUUUAAGUAGAUUGGAGACAUUAGAUUUAAGUCAUAACAAGUUAAUGUUCAUACAACCCAGUGUUUUUAAAUACAACUCGUAUUUAACUGCACUAAAUUUAUCUCAUAACCGACUAACGACUCUUAGCUUUGGUAUAUUCCUUGGACUUUUUGCUCUAAAUGAAUUAGACGUAUCAUAUAACCAGCUCGAAGAUUUGCACACUGAUACAUUUUACGGUAUUCCAAGUUUACGCACUUUGAUCAUUGACUUCAACAAGGUGAGAAAAAUAAGCGUGGAUGAUUUUUCACUAUAUUUGUCAGUUCUUAGCAUUGGCGGUAAUCCCCUACCUUGCAAUAAUAUAGUAAAACUAAAAAAUAAACACAUUAUAAGUACAAUUACUGCAUUGAAAUUAGAAUACAGUAGCUAUGAAAAUAUAGAUGGAAUAACGUGUCUCGGGGCUGGUUCCAUAAAGCUAACACCGCAAUCAUUAAACGGAACAGACAAUAUACUUUCUGACAUUCGCAAUAUUCUCUUAGAUAUAUCGUCUAAAGAUGCCCAUGAGGAUAAAGUUGCAAAUAAUCACAAUUCCGACACUAAUUUUUCAACACAAUUAGGCAGUUUGUUAGAAUCGCUUAAUCGAACGAUCAAAAUUGAAACUCAAGAGGCCAUUCGCGAAGGAAAUAUUAGUAAUACGAUGUUGAUAUCAGCUUUUAAAGAGACAUUUAAACAUGCCGUGGAUGAAAUCGUCCACGAGAAUAAUGUUGGAAACUCUUUGCUCGAAAGGAUUUUACGAAUGAUUGUUGCUAUCAACACGACACCUCUGCCCGUUCUCAAAGAUAAUUCUACGAAUGGAGAUAUUUUACCAUAUAUAGCGAGAAUCAAGCAAGAGUUUGACAAUACGCUGACGUUGGAAAAGGAGAAGAUAUUGUCUGAAGUCGCUGGUAAAAUAUCGGAUAUCAAUAAAAAGGUCGAUGGUAUUUCUACUGCCAAACCCUUAACAGAGAAGGCUGCUAGCCAAGAAAUAAAACAUGGGCCAUCAAGUUCAUUGUUUACAGAGGUGUGCGUCGCUCUAACUCUUGUCAUUGUUCUAUGUUUUGUCAUGUUUCAAAUAUACAAACAUAUUAUAUUACCACCACGGCGCACCUCAUAUAGUACUCAGCAAAUAGCUGACGCCAUGGAAAAUUCGAACUUGUAA